GGCCGCAAAGGGCCAGGCCCUCGGCGAAGGCCCCGCCCCGCAGGGGGCAUGCCGGGAGUUGUAGUGAAUGGGCGCUUCCCUACUACAACUUGUCCCUUCCACUGGGCAUUCCCACUUGGAAGAGUGUGAUGCGCUGCCAGAGCAGUUUCUCUAGUUCCGUACUCGGACCUCAAGGUGACAGAGGACUGCGCCUCCAGCACUGCGCUGCGCAUCGCGUCGGUCCCGCGGACCUUUGCCCCGCCUCCUUCCACACCCGUUCCCUUGACAGCUGGGCAGCGCUCCGGACCGCGACAAGCCGCGAGCGCGCAGGCGCAGCAGCCCCGCGCCGCGCUAGGCAGGCCUGGAGGGCGGGACGAGCGCUAGGGGCUCCCGGCCGCCGGGGCGCGCACGUAGGCACGCAGAGGCCGUCACGUGAGUCGCCGAGGAUCGCAGUGCGCGUGGCCGUGGCGGCUGGUGUGGGGUUGAGUGAGUUGUGAGACCCGGAGCUGCUGACCCAGCGGGUGGCCCACCGAACCGGUGACACAGCGGCAGGCGUCAGGGCUCGGGAGCCGCGAGCCUGGCCUCGUCCUAGAGCUCGGCCGAGCCGUCGCCGCCGUCGUCCCCCGCCCCCAGUCAGCAAACCGCCGCCGCGGGCGCGCCCCCGCUCUGCGCUGUCUCUCCGAUGGCGUCCGCCUCAGGGGCCAUGGCGAAGCACGAGCAGAUCCUGGUCCUCGACCCGCCCACAGACCUCAAAUUCAAAGGCCCCUUCACAGAUGUAGUCACUACAAAUCUUAAAUUGCGAAAUCCAUCGGAUAGAAAAGUGUGUUUCAAAGUGAAGACUACAGCACCUCGCCGGUACUGUGUGAGGCCCAACAGUGGAAUUAUUGACCCAGGGUCAACUGUGACUGUUUCAGUAAUGCUACAGCCCUUUGACUAUGAUCCGAAUGAAAAGAGUAAACACAAGUUUAUGGUACAGACAAUUUUUGCUCCACCAAACACUUCAGAUAUGGAAGCUGUGUGGAAAGAGGCAAAACCUGAUGAAUUAAUGGAUUCCAAAUUGAGAUGUGUAUUUGAAAUGCCCAAUGAAAAUGAUAAAUUGGGUAUAACUCCACCAGGGAAUGCUCCAACUGUCGCUUCAGUGAGCAGCAUCAACAACACAGUUGCAACACCUGCCAGUUAUCACACGAAGGAUGACCCCAGGGGAUUCAGUGUGUUGAAACAGGAGAAACAGAAGAAUGACAUGGAACCUAGCAAAGCUGUUCCACUGAAUGCAUCUAAACAAGAUGGACCUAUGCCAAAACCACACAGUGUUUCACUUAAUGAUACCGAAACAAGGAAACUAAUGGAAGAGUGUAAAAGACUUCAGGGAGAAAUGAUGAAGCUAUCAGAAGAAAAUCGACACCUGAGAGAUGAAGGUUUAAGGCUCAGAAAGGUAGCACAUUCGGAUAAACCUGGAUCAACCUCAACUGCAUCCUUCAGAGAUAAUGUCACCAGUCCUCUUCCUUCACUUCUUGUUGUAAUUGCAGCCAUUUUCAUUGGAUUCUUUCUAGGGAAAUUCAUCUUGUAGAGUGAAGCAUGCAGAGUGCUGUUUCUUUUUUUUUUUCUCUUGACCAGAAAAAGAUUUGUUUACCUACCAUUUCAUUGGUAGUAUGGCCCGCGGUGACCAUUUUUUUGUGUGUACAGCGUCAUAUAGGCUUUGCCUUUAAUGAUCUCUUACGGUUAGAAAACACAAUAAAAACAAACUGUUCGGCUACUGGACAAAUUGUAUAUUACCAGAUCAUCACUAGCAGAUGUCAGUUGCACAUUCAGUCCUUUAUGAAAUUCAUAAAUAAAGAAUUGUUCUUUCUUUGUGGUUUUAAUAAGAGUUCAAGAAUUGUUCAGAGUCUUGUAAAUGUUAUUUUAAUAAUCCCUUUAAAUUUUAUCUGUUGCUGUUACCUCUUGAAAUAUGAUUUAUUUAGAUUGCUAAUCCCACUCAUUCAGGAAAUGCCAAGAGGUAUUCCUUGGGGAAAUGGUGCCUCUUACAGUGUAAAUUUUUCCUCCUUUACCUUUGCUAAUAUCAUGGCAGAAUUUUUCUUAUCCCUUGUGAGGCAGUUGUUGACUGAGUUUUUCAUCCUUACAAUCCUGUCCCAUGGUAUUUAACAUAAAAAAAAAUAAAACUGUUAACAGAUUCUUGCUCGAUA